UCUUUCUUUUCUUUUUUUUUUUUAUUAUUUGAAAAGAAGAAGAUGACGAAGCGAUCUCAUUAUGACUCUUCUUCUGAUGAGGAUGGUAGUAGCAAUAGUACCUUAACAGCGAAACGGCCUUUCUUCCAUCGUCAAAAAAGUGUCAUAUCUCGUUUUGAGUCGCUUCGUCGCCAGUAUUCUGAAAAUGAUUAUUAUGAUCCAUAUCAACAAGAACAAGUAUUACAACAAAGUGGUAAAAGGAAAUCCAUGUCUGAUGAUGAUCAACAACAAAGGCCAAAUAAAAGAAGAAAAUCAUUUGCAUCUUUGGUCAAGCAUGGUGUUAUACAAGGUGUACUUUUUGGCUCAGCAUUGGCACUCUCGGCAUAUGAUUAUUUACAAUCAACCACACCGGCAUUAAAACGUACAGCUUCUUUAUGUUCUUUGGAGGUAUUGAAAACAAAUAUCAACUUACAAGGACGACGCACCAUGGACGACUGGUUGACUGGGUCUUUCAGUGGUCAUGAUAUGGAUAAGAAGAAAAAGAGUAUGCGUGGACAUGGUGUUGACUUUACUUAUUUUCAUCGAUCACCUACUUUUGAAAAACGAAUGCAAAAAACCGAGCAACUUAUUCGAAGUAUAUGUUUGGAUCAACAAUAUGCUUUGAAUCAACAAUUUACUCCUACGCAAGAGGAAGGUUGUUGGGGAAUCAUCAACAAAGAUGAUUAUGAUGUUCAUUUUACUACAAUGCCUCCACCUAAACCCAAACGAACUUUUACCUAUCUUCAAAAACAAAAGAAUUUAUUUAAUACUACUUGAUUAUUCGGAUCAAUCUUAUAUUAUUACCAGUAUUUCCUAGUCUUAGUCGUAGUCUUAGUUAUUCUUAUUUUUAUUUUUUUUUAUUCUUAUUAUGAUAUCCCUUUCCGUUCCUUGUUUUAUAUUUCCUUUUUUUAUCAUCCAUUGUCUCUAUUUAUGUCAUCAUCAUUACCUUCAAAAAAAAAAAAAGAAGACUUUCAAAACAAACAUCUACAUUUAUACAUUAUCCUCAUAUUUGAUAUCUCUCAUUGUUGUUGUUGUCACAGUUUGUGUUACCUUUUUUUUUUUAUAGCAACAAUAAUAAAAAUCUCAUUACUCUCAUUAUAAUUUUUUUCCCAUCCCAUUCAAAUGAUUAUUUGUACAAGGCUAAAACUGAAAUCUCUCUCUCUCUUUUUUUUUUCUAGGUACUAUUUCAGUCUUAACUAAAACGUAUAAAGUAGAAAAACCAUCAUCAUCAUCAUCAUCAUAAUAUACAUAAAAUGUUGGGGAUUUUCCAAUAUUU